GACGCCGUCCAGAAGAGGUUGGGAGGAGACUCGGGGAGUUGGAGAGUUGGGGUCAGAUCUCGGUGCCUCAGACAGAAACGGGAACCUGCCUCAGGCCCGAACGGCCCCGCCACCCGCUCCGCUCCCUGCCGGUGCUCGCUGGGCUGGCAGCGCUGCAAGCCCCUCCAUGAAUUUUACCCCGCCAUGGGUUGAGUUAUCGUAUCUGGCACGCGUCUCGCCAUCCAAGAGCUUCCCCUACACCACGUCUGCACAUACACGCCAUGGCAGACACAGAACAGCCCGAGGGCGAGCCCCAGGCCCGACAUGUAGUAUACUGCGGCGUUUGCACUUUGCCCCCCGAGUACUGCGAGUAUGGUGGCACCGUCAGAAAGUGCCAGGAAUGGCUAGAGAAGAACGAACCCGUCAUGUACGAACGGAUUUGGUCCGCAGAGGCCCUAGAGGCUGCCACCGCGUCACUCUCCGUCGAAGCCCAGAAGCGAGCCGCAAAGGACGCCCAGAAGAAGACGGCAAAGGCUGAGGCCGCCGAGGCCAAGCAGGUUGAAAAGCUUGCCAAGAGCAUGAUCACCAUCAAGCGGAUCGAGCGAAACAAGAAGAAAUACGUCACGGCCGUGAUAGGCCUCGAGCUUUUCGGGCUGGAGUUGAAGAAGGUGGCCAAGGAUCUCGGCAAGAAAUUUGCGACUGGAUCCUCGGUGACCAAGCUUCCCAGCGGAGGAGAGGAGAUUGUGGUGCAGGGCGAUGUCAGCCCCGAGAUCGAGGAGUUUUUGGUUGAAAAGUACAAGGAGAUACCUGAGGAUCACAUUGAGCUUGUCGAGGACAAGAAGAAGAAGAAGGCGGCACCCCCACCAUAGACAAUCGCAGAUAACGCAUUCAUCA